AUGGCUCCAUCAGCCAUCUCUUCUACUCCUCCUUCCUCCACGGUAAAUCAGGAGUCCUUCGCCAGCUACCGUGGCUACGACCAUGUACACUGGUACGUCGGUAAUGCCAAGCAAGCAGCAACCUACUAUAUCACUCGUAUGGGUUUCAAACAUAUUGCCUAUCGUGGUCUCGAGACAGGCAACCGCAGCAUCUGCUCACAUGUGAUUCGGAACGGGGAUAUCACUUUCAUCCUAACAUCGCCUCUACGCUCUUUGGACCAGGCCGAUCGCUUUAGUCCUGAGGAGCAAGACUUCCUCCGUGAAAUCCACCAUCACUUAGAACAGCAUGGAGAUGCUGUGAAAGAUGUUUCAUUCGAGGUGGAUGAUGUCGAUGCGGUAUACUUCGCUGCAGUGAAGAACGGCGCGAAAUCGGUUUCCCCACCUAAGGUUUUCGAAGACUCUAAUGGCCAUGUCAAGGUCGCUACAAUCCAGACCUACGGCCAGACAACGCAUACUAUUAUCGAGAGAAGCCAAUAUAACGGGAGAUUUUUGCCUGGCUACCGUGAUGAGCAAAUUGAAGAUCCUGUGUCAAAGUUCCUGCCUGGUGUUCAUCUUUUGAGAAUCGAUCACUGUGUUGGAAAUCAGGACUGGGAAGAAAUGGAAAAAAUCUGCAAUUACUAUGAGAAGGCUCUUGGAUUUCACCGCUUCUGGUCUGUUGAUGACAGCCAGAUUUCCACUGAAUUCUCUGCUCUCAACAGUAUUGUCAUGGCCUCUCCCAAUGAGAUUGUUAAAAUGCCAAUCAACGAGCCGGCUAAGGGAAAGAAGCAAUCACAGAUUGAAGAAUACGUGGACUUUUACAAUGGUGCCGGUGUGCAGCACAUCGCUCUCCUCACCGACGAUAUCAUCCGCGAUAUCACCAAUCUGAAAGCUCGAGGCGUGGAAUUUAUCAAAGUUCCCGAAACCUACUAUACUGGCAUGCAGGAACGACUGAAGAAGUCCGGCCUAGUUCUCAAGGAGGACUUUGAGACAAUCAAAAGCUUGGAUAUUUUGAUUGAUUUUGACGAGGGUGGAUAUCUCUUGCAACUCUUCACCAAACAUUUGAUGGACCGUCCAACUGUUUUUAUCGAGAUCAUUCAACGACAUAACUUCUCCGGAUUUGGAGCUGGAAAUUUCAAGUCAUUAUUCGAGGCAAUCGAAAGAGAGCAGGAGUUGCGUGGGAAUCUGGUCUAG